AUCGAGAAUUGAUCAAUUAUUAGGAAGUGAAGAAGAUCAAAAAUAUGAUCUUAUAAGAGAUAUUAUUAAUAAUACAGAAAAUAUUGAAGAAAUAUCAGAUUUAUCCGAAAUAUUUACAGAUAUUAAAGUGUUAAAUCAAACUUUAUUAACAAGAAAUCAUGAUAAAUCAGAACUAAAAAGAGAACGAAAAUUACACUACAAUAAUGGGUUAUAUGAUAUUAUUAGUUCAGCUAUCAAAAUAGAAGAAGAUAUUAAUAAAUUACAAAAAGAAUGGCAAGAAGUUAUUGAAAAUAAUCUUGAUCAAGAUUUUUUGACUGGUAGAUUAAAAAUAAAUCUUCAACAGAUUCGAUUAGAUAGAAUUAAAGAAUUAAAAGAAAAAGAAAAUACACCAAAACAUCCUUUAGAUGAUGAUAUACCAACAAGAAAUUUAGAUAAAGCAGAACAAAUUCGAGAUGAUUCAGGAUUUUUUGAUAAACAAAUUAAUUUUAUUAUUACUCAUUAUAAAAAAAUAUUAUCUAACGCUGAUCUAUUAAA